GUUAGGCUUUUUAUAUUUGGACGGCCUGAACAAGGCCCUGGCCCUGGCUGGUCACGUGCCGACAAAAUACCCACGUAUGGUGGGUAUUUUGAAAAUAAUUAUUGUGCUCGCUCUUCCAACGCACACGGUAAAAAUAUACACAGGCAGUCGAGACCAUCAUCAAAAAUACUUAUUAAAUGUUUUAAUCUCGGCGAGUUACAAUUUUAGUACGCCAAAUGCAGAAAAUGGACAAAGUGGUGAAUUUAUUUAGUCGUAUUCAAACUUCACUUGAAUGUAAUAAUGUGGCUGGCUUUUUCUUAAAACCUAAGCAAGUUGCCUGUUGGGAAAGCUUGCUUAAUGGCCACGACGUACUGGCUGUUCUUCCAACUGGAUAUGGGAAGUCUUUGAUAUACCAACUGUUGCCUGAUUUUCUACCAAGAAAAUGUUUUCAAAACAUUGUAAUCGUCGUGACUCCAUUGACGUCAAUUAUUGAAGAUCAAAUAAAAACAAUGGAAGCUCAAUGUGUUCCAGCUGGCGUUUUAAAUACAGAAAGAGAGGAAACUAGUGAAAUUAUCAGCUUAUUUAGCAAAGAUAUCACUCACAAAAUCCAAAUAACAGAAAAUGUGAAAUUGGGGAAGAUCAAGAUAUUGUUUUCUCAUCCAGAGUCGAUUUUGAGUGCAGAAGGCAUGAGAUUGCUAAAAAGUCCUAUAUUCCGCCAAAAUGUAGCUGCCUGUGUAAUCGAUGAAGCACACUGUGUUGAGUUAUGGGGCGAAGAUUUCCGUAAAAGCUUUGGCGAUUUAGCUACACUUAAAGCAUUGUUCCCAACAGCAGUUACGUUAGCCCUAACAGCAACAGCACCACUAGCAAUGGUUGAAAAAAUUACUGACAGUUUAUCUAUUUCCUCGUGCAAAAUUGUCCGGAGCAGUCCAAAUCGUCCAAAUAUAAAACUAACUGUACGAAAAAGAAUGCCAAAUAACUAUAGCAAAGCCAGUUAUGAUGAAAUUCUUUUGCCAAUGACCAAAGGACUCAACAGACUUAGAGAAAAAUUUCCAAUGACUAUUAUAUAUAUGAAGUUAAAGUACUGUGGAUAUGCAUUUAAGUUGUUCAAUUCGAAAAUUAAAGAUCCGUUUGUUGGUGAAAAUUGUGUUCCGGCCAACAGAUUAUUUGCACAAUUUCAUGCACCCACUACGAAACUAAUGAAAUAUGACAUAAUUGAAGAAAUUAGGAAAGAAAAUUCAAACAUUCGAGUAAUUUUUGCCACAGCUGCACUUGGUAUGGGUGUAAAUAUACCACAUGUUACAAAAGUCAUACAUAUCACACCACCAGCUACAUUAGAAUCGUAUUUACAAGAGUUUGGUAGAGCUGGUAGAAAUGGAAAUUCCUCUUCUGCAAUAAUAUAUUACAAUAACUCUGAUAUAAGUGAAAAUAAUAAAAUUAUGUCAACUGCAAUGAAAGAAUAUUGCACAACAACAAAUUGUUUGAGAAAAACUAUUCUCACAUAUUUUGGAUUUUCUUGUCAAGCACAAGUUUCAUGUUGUUCUAAUUGUAAUGGAGAUGAGAAUCAUUGUGAAGACAAAGAAUUAAACCACAUUGAAAAAAAAACUUUCAGACCACUGGAUGGUGUUAAUUUCGAAAAGUUACGAAAAGAACUAUUUGAAGUAAAAAUCCAAUCUGAAUUAGCGUUAUUCCAUGUCUUACCGCAACAAGAAUAUAAUUCAAAAUGUAUUGAAGACAUCUUACAACAGUUACAAUAUAUAAAUACCUUGGACGAUAUGUUUGAUAAAUUUGGUAUUUGCGAUGAAACGUAUUCAAAAUAUAUUUAUAUGACCUUGUUGAAUGUUAUGCUCCUAGGUGUUAAAAAUUUGUGAGGUUAUUUUUUAAAACAAGGAUAUGAAAAAACUAUUUUUAUGCAAUAUAAACACUGACUUUUCUGUAUAUUUUAUUAAGGAGCAAAUUUGACAAUUUUUAUGUCUCUGGUCCAUCAAACUUAGAAAAGAACUCUGGUCCAUCAAACUUAGAAAAGAACUCUGGUCCAUCAAACUUAGAAAAGAACUCAAACAAAAAAAGCUUCCACUUGUGAAAUUUCAGAUGCAUAUCUUUUUUGUACGUUAACUCGAAUUAAUAUUUUUUCUCACUUUUAAGGUAUAUAAUAUAUAUCAUAACAUAAAAUUGUAAAAAAUAUUUAAAAAAAAUAAAUGCAACUAAUUUCAAACUA